GGGCGCGUUCGCGACAGCCGCAAAGCGCGCGCGGCGGGGCCGGUGCGGGGCGAUGAGGCCGCAGCAGGCGCCGGUGGCGGGCAAGGUGUUCAUCCAGCGCGACUACAGCGGCGGCACGCGCUGCCAGUUCCAGAGCAAGUUCCCGGCAGAGCUGGAGAACAGGAUCGACAGGCAGCAGUUUGAGGAGACGGUGCGGACACUGAACAACCUCUAUGCAGAAGCUGAAAAACUCGGGGGCCAGUCCUACCUGGAGGGGUGCCUGGCCUGCCUGACCGCCUACACCAUCUUCCUGUGCAUGGAGACACACUAUGAGAAGGUCCUAAAGAAAAUUGCCAAAUUCAUCCAGGAACAGAACGAGAAGAUCUACGCUCCCCAGGGCCUCCUGCUGACAGACCCCAUCGAAAGAGGGCUCAGAGUUAUUGAAAUCACCAUUUAUGAAGACAGAGGUUUGACCAGUGGAAGAUAAAACUGUGGAGUCUCAGACCACAGCUGUACCGAGGGUCCCCUACCUCCUCCUCUAGAGCAUCAUUCCUCUCUCUGCUGCCAGAUCCACAGUGCCAUCUACUACAAGGACUAACUUCCUCAGACUGCUCCCCAGGGGUGCCCUAGCUGCUCAGCAUCCACUUUACAGCAGAUUUGGAAGCAAUGAAAUCACUUCUUAGUUUUGGUUUGGCUUUGGGAUGUAUUUUUUUUUUUCCCCUGAAGAGAAAGCAGAAGUGGUAAAGCUGCUUUGUCCCCUGAAAGGAACCUCAGCCCAGCAGAGAUUCAGCUUUAGUCCCAUGGGUGCAGUGCUGCUCCUCCCUGGCCCUCACAGCCUCCUGUCCUUCAGGGGCUCUGCACAGCUCGGGCUCAGGGCUGGAAUUCCCUCCAGUCAGUGCUGGGCUGAGGGCAUGCACAGGGCCUCUUCCUGCCCAGGAGUGACCCAAGGCAGUGCCUCCUGGGGGAGACAGAGGGCAAAGUGCUCCCUGUGUGGGUGUUUCGGUUGUCCCUGUGAGGGGAGGGGUGGCAGGACCUGCACCCUGGUGGUCUCUGUGCUCCCCAGGAGGGGCUGGGAACAACGGGCACAGUAAGGUGGAUGCUGAGCCAAUAAACAUAACAACUCCCCCCCCACUCUGAUUAAUAAUAUUGAAGUGUACAACUGUUUUCUUUCUGGGUUUAUUAUCCAUAAUUUGUAGGAGAACAUGGCUUUGACGAGCUGUUAGGUGUCGUGUGAGGUGGUCUCAGUGCCGGUGCUGCAGGAGCAGAGCUGUGCAUUCCUUGGCAGCCUCGUGCAUGGACAUUGCUCAGCACUAUGGAGGGCCCACAGUCCCAGCUCCCUUAAUCCUUUCCCUUCCAUCCUUUUCCCUGAUGAAAGCCUGGGUUUGGGUGCCGGGUGUCAGUGUGCAGUUGUAGAAGGAACUCGGGAGUUCAGAAGAGACAACUGAGCAGGGGCCCAGGUGCUGGUUUGGUGGUGCUGCAGGUGCUAAUACUGGAUCUGGAACUCCAGGCUCAUUCCUCAGCCACUGUGGGGUUUUGUUCGAGAUUUGUUUAAUAUUUUCAUUGUAUAAAAAACUUGUUUUUUCUAAACUGUGUAACAGUGUUUGCCUUUCACAGCUGUUGCAAUAUUGGCAGAAGUACUGAUCAGUAAACCUUUUCUUAAGCCGA